UCUUCUUCCUUCCCUCCUUCCUAUUAUUAUUAUUAUUAUUAUUAUUAUUAUUAUUAUUAUUAUUAUUAUUUUGUUUAUUUAUUUUAUUUUAUUAUUUUUUAAACCCAGUCUUUCCUUAAUCUCUCCAUCAAUUUUCUCUUCAGCACACCUGCAUGCGCGCAGGAAAGCCCGUGCAGAAUGCGGAAGCGCGCGCUCAGUAGAGUGGUUACAGAGUGCGCGCGGCGGGUGAAUUUGUAUAGAGCAGUAGCAGAAGGUCGUAGCGGCGCGCGCGGAGACGCUGGUGUUUAUGAUGAUGAUGUGGUCGGUGGUCUCGUACCUGAGCGGCUCGGAACUGGUGGCCGGUUUACAGCGCGCCUGCGGGUUAUUUCCGGCCCCACGCGCCACUCACGAGCGGCUCUGUCCCGACAGCACGAGCACCCACAGCCGCGCGAACGGCACGUCACCGCCGUGCCAGAACGGCGAGCACGCGGCGAAAGGAUGCAAAAGCGACGCCUGGAGUUCUCAGUACGAGGUGAAAAACUGGCCACUGUACUACCUCUUUGUGGCAUCUGCCACUCUGGGAAAUGAAGUGUUCUACAUCUCCUUUCUGCCCUUCAUCCACUGGAACCUGGAUCCCUUCCUGUGCCGCCGCCUUGUCAACAUGUGGGCUGUGGUGAUGUAUAUAGGACAGGUGAUGAAGGAUAUGCUGAAGCUACCUCGUCCCUCGUCGCCCCCUGUGGUAAAACUGGAACAUCGUAUCGAGUUUGGCAUGCCUUCAACUCAUGCCAUGGCUGCCACAGCCAUCGCCUUCACAUUGUUGCUGAGUGCACCGGAGAGAGUGAAGUUUCAGUUUGAGGUCGGUUUGGUCGCAGCCGUGGUUCUUUCAGCCCUCGUGAGUCUCAGUCGCCUCUAUACUGGCAUGCACUCAGCCCUGGAUGUGAUCUGUGGGACUCUCAUAUCCGCCCUCGUUCUGGUUGCGUCCUACCCACACUGGGACAGCUUGGACUUCUUCCAGCUCAACAGCCCGCUGUCCCCUGCCAUCUCACUGGUUCUGCCCCUCAUCCUGUGCUACAAAUACCCCAAGCUGGACCACUAUAGCGCUACGCGUGGGGACACCACUAUAAUUUUGGGCUGUAGUGCUGGAUGUUCUGUCGGUUACUGGCUCAAUCAGCGGCUCGGUGUGACUUUCGAACCCUCAGGGCCAUUCCCGGUGACCCUACCUCCCUUGACCCCAAUGAUCUUUACCCUUGGAGUUGCGCGGUUCUGCUUGGGGCUUUCGAUUCUGGUGCUGACCCGGCAGGUAAUGAAGUGGAUCGCACUGAGGCUGCUGUGCUGGCACUAUGGUGUAGAACUUAACGACGUUAGUGCUUGCAGGAGGAAAGAGAUCGAAGUGCCGUCGAAGUUCAGCACGUAUACGGCGAUCGGAUUGGUCAACAGUGUGGUGGUGUGUCGGGUUUUCGGGCUGGUGGGGCUGCUGUGACUUUGCUAACGCUAACGUCAUCACAAUAUGGCAGCAUUGAAACAAGUGCCCCCCCCCCCCCCC